UCCAAGGCAUUCCUUGCUCACAAUGUAUAGAACAAAAGUCAGUUUGAAAGACCGUCAGCAACUUUAUAAACUGAUAAUUAGUCAGCUGCUGUAUGAUGGAUACAUAAAUAUUGCCAAUGGCUUGAUAAAUGAGAUAAAACCACAGUCAGUCUGUGCACCAUCUGAACAACUGCUGCACCUAAUUAAGUUAGGAAUGGAGAACGAUGACAGUGCUGUUCAAUAUGCAAUUGGACGGUCAGAUACGGUAGCUCCAGGCACAGGAAUUGACUUGGAAUUUGAUGCAGAUGUACAGACCAUGUCUCCUGAGGCUUCUGAAUAUGAGACUUGUUAUGUCACAUCUCAUAAAGGACCGUGUCGUGUAGCUACGUACAGCAGAGAUGGACAGUUAAUAGCUACAGGAUCUGCUGAUGCCUCAAUAAAAAUUCUUGAUACAGAGAGAAUGUUGGCCAAAAGUGCUAUGCCCAUUGAGGUCAUGAUGAAUGAGACAGCACAGCAAAACAUGGAAAAUCACCCUGUUAUUCGGACUCUGUAUGAUCAUGUGGAUGAAGUUACGUGUUUAGCUUUUCAUCCAACAGAACAGAUCCUAGCAUCUGGUUCAAGGGACUACACACUUAAAUUGUUUGAUUAUUCAAAGCCUUCUGCCAAAAGAGCCUUCAAAUAUAUACAGGAAGCAGAGAUGUUGCGCUCAAUUUCUUUUCAUCCUUCUGGAGAUUUCAUACUUGUUGGCACCCAGCACCCUACGUUACGACUCUAUGAUAUCAAUACUUUCCAGUGUUUUGUGUCUUGCAACCCUCAAGACCAGCACACUGAUGCCAUCUGCUCAGUCAAUUACAAUGCCAGUGCAAACAUGUAUGUGACAGGAAGUAAGGAUGGCUGCAUCAAACUGUGGGAUGGAGUUUCAAAUCGCUGCAUCACUACUUUUGAGAAAGCACAUGAUGGAGCUGAAGUCUGUUCUGCUAUUUUCUCCAAAAAUUCAAAGUAUAUCUUGUCAAGUGGAAAAGACUCUGUAGCUAAACUAUGGGAGAUAUCCACUGGUCGAACACUGGUGAAAUACACAGGAGCUGGUUUGAGUGGACGACAAGUACACAGGACACAAGCUGUCUUCAACCACACAGAAGACUAUGUGCUGCUUCCAGAUGAAAGGACCAUAAGUCUCUGCUGCUGGGAUUCAAGAACUGCUGAACGGAGAAAUCUUCUUUCUCUCGGGCACAACAGCAUUGUCCGUUGCAUUGUCCAUUCUCCCACCAAUCCUGGCUUCAUGACCUGCAGUGAUGACUACAGGGCUAGGUUUUGGUACAGAAGGUCAACAACAGACUAAGGACAGCUUCAUCAAACAGUUGAUUAUCCAGCUUCACUCUAUCAUCUUGUAUUGAUUGUACUGCCAACGGAUGCCUAGAUGAAAGCCGAGCUGUGUCUGUUUUUUACUUCUGUCAAAUGUGGCAGAAAGAGAAAAAUACUGAGAUUAAGUUUUGCCCCAUGCUAAUUUUCUUAUUAGUGUGUGUGGCAUUAAUUUUAUAAGUCAUCUCUAAUUAUACUCAAGGAGUGAGGGGGGAGAAUAAAAUGCUCCUUACAGGAAGGACUUCAGCUUGUUCUGUCUUUCUAAAUCCCAUGAGAGAUAAUGUGACUGUAUCUUGCUCAAACUGGGCAGUAUGAGCCAGUUUUGCUCUGCAUUGUAUCUGUGCAAUCCCUCUGAAGUCUAAGAAAGGAUUGCACAAGUAAUAGCAGAACUUGGCAAAUAUUUUAAUGAAGCCUUAAUCUGCCUUCAGUUCUG